AUGGGUGAAGGGGACAUUGCAGAAGAUGACCAGAGGAGUUCCAUUGUGAGAGACAGUCAGUGGGACUCGUCAGUGCCAUAUGAGCUAGAUGCUGGUCUUGAUAUGAAUGCAAAGGGCAUAAUCCUGAGAGCUUUCGAACAAUUCAGGCUGAAGACAUGCAUUGACUUCAAACCCAGAAGAAGUGAAUCUCACUACAUCUCAGUUGAGAAACAGAAUGGGUGCUGGUCCUACGUUGGGAAAAAUGGAAUGAAGCAGACUCUGUCCAUUGGCAAAGACUGUGACCAUAUUUCUUUUGUGGAGCAUGAGUUUCUGCAUGCUCUAGGCUUCUUGCAUGAGCAAUCUAGAUACGACAGGGAAGACUACAUGUCCAUCAACUGGAAAAAUGUUGUUCCAGGCAUGGCGUACAAUUUCGAAAGAUAUGGCGAGGCGAUCAGCAGCACCUUGGGCACACCGUACGACUACUGGUCCAUCAUGCACUACGGCCAGGACGCUUUCAGCGACAAGACAGGGCCGACCAUUCGCACCAAUGACGCCAGUUUCCAAGAUGUGAUUGGCAAGCGCCUGGAGAUGAGCUUUUAUGAUGUAGAGGAGGUCAACAGGCUGUACAAGUGCGAGGAGUCAGUGUCCUUCCUGGAGCACUGCAGCUUUGAGGAUGAGGGCAUGUGUGGCAUGUCGUCCUGUGGAUGGAAGAGAGUGAGCAGAGCUGAGAUGACCACACACACCUGGGCACUGGCAAGCAGGGUGAGGUCUCGCAUCAACUGUUCCUUCGUGCAUUUCAGCAACCUGGGAGAAGAAGCUGCUCUCUUGACCUCCAGGAGGAUGAUGCCCAGGAGAAGCUGCCAUGUCCAGUGUCUACAGUUCUUCUACCACCACCAUGGAGAUGAAACAGCUCAGCUCAACGUCUGGAUCAGGGAAUUUGACAGUGUCACUGAUGCAGGGACUCAAAGACUCAUGGGACGGAUCUCAGGAUCUCCAGUCGAUUACUGGCAGCUCUACCAUGUUGCCCUGAACGCCUCCAAGACCUUCCAGGUGGAGUUUGAGGGCCUCAGGGGAUCAGGGUCUUCAAGAGGGGGGUUCUCUGUGGAUGACAUCAACCUCUCAGAGACCACGUGUCCCCAUCACACAUGGCAGAUACGAAACUUCAGCAAGACGCUUAAAAACAGCGCCCAAACACCUUUCCUCUACAGUCCCAAAUACUACUCCAUUGAUGGCUACAGGUUCCAAAUUAUGCUGAAGAUGACAAAGGACCACUUUGGUGCCUUUGUCCGUCUGGUUUCUGGCUCCAAUGACGACAAGCUGCAGUGGCCUUGUCCUUGGAGGCAGGUGACCAUCGAGGCACUUGACCAGAACUCCCACCUCCAGCACCGCAUGUCUGCUCAGAUCAGCAUGACCACAGACCCAACGCAGAUGGGACAGAAUGGCACUGUCGCCCGGUGA